AUGUUACUCACUCGGACAGUUGCGCGGGGCACUUUAGGCUUUCGAGCCUUUUCAACGGCUCGUGUCUGCCGUGAGGAAUUGUCUUACCAGGUGUAUGGUCCGGAGAACGAGCAAGCCGUGCGCGAACCGAUUCUUUUCCUGCAUGGACUGUUCGGUUCCAAACAAAACAACCGGAGUAUUAGCAAGGCUCUGGCUCGCGAUCUGAAGUGCCGUAUCUUCACUCUUGACCUGCGCAAUCAUGGCCAGUCAUUCCAUGCCCUAGAGCAUAACUACAAUGCUAUGGCCGAGGAUGUGCAAGAAUUCAUCCAGCAGCAGAAACUCGACAAAUGCGUGCUAAUUGGUCAUUCUAUGGGCGCCAAAGCCGCCAUGACGCUAGCACUCCAGUCGCCUGAGCGCGUGUCAGGACUGAUUUCCGUUGACAAUGCACCCGUCAAUGCCGCACUGAAGAGUGAUUUCCCCAAAUAUGUCCGGGGCAUGCAGCACGUCGAGCGGGCAAAGGUUUCCAAGCAGUCUGAUGCCAACAAGAUCCUCGAGGAGUAUGAAGAGUCUAUUGGUAUCCGCCAAUUCCUCUUGACCAAUCUAAUCCGCGCAGAAGAUAACACGCUCAAGUUCCGUGUCCCACUGUCAGUACUGGGUGCAUCCCUUGACAACAUGGCAGAUUUCCCAUUCAGAACGAAGUCGCGUUAUGUUUCCGAUGAUACUGUUCCCGCGAUCAAGAAAUUCUUCCCAAAUGCGCAGAUCGCCGACGUCGACGCGGGACACUGGCUUAUCUCCGAAAAUCCCGAGGCAUUCCGGCAAGCUGUCGUCAAGUUCCUCGAGUCCUCGUGA